CUUUUUCUUUUGUUUUGACCUAUCAUGGCGUCAAUUGACAAGUGGCCCUAAUCUUUAUCUGCGCUGGGAUUUCGAUUCUCUCUCCCAAAUCACAAUAAACAAACAAACCCCCUCUUCUCCGAUCUCACUGAAAAUUUUGGAUCCUCAGAAUCUCUGCUUUUACUCCUCCCCAUUAAUUAAACCAACCCAUUUUCCCCACUUAUAAGAUGUCCCCAUUUUCCCUCUUCUUCCAUCGCCAACCUUUUUUCUCUUCUCUCUCUCUUUUCUUCCCAUGGCGACGGUUCCUGAUCUCUUCCGCCGCAACAACGGACUUGUAGGGGUUUCCGACGAGUCGAAACAGAGGAGUUCGGGUUCGACUCAGCUUCAUGUUCUUGCUGUUGAUGAUAGUCUAGUUGAUCGGAAGGUUAUUGAGCGGUUGUUGAAGAUCUCGUCAUGUAAAGUGACUGUUGUUGAGAGUGGGAGAAGUGCUCUUCAGUAUUUGGGUUUGGAUGGGGAAACUAAUUCUGUUCAGUUUAGUAGUGGCUUGAAGGUGAAUCUCAUUAUUACAGAUUACUCCAUGCCUGAAAUGACGGGAUAUGAACUGCUCAAGAAGAUCAAGGAAUCAUCAGCUUUCAGGGAGAUUCCUGUUGUGAUAAUGUCAUCAGAGAAUAUUUUGGCUCGUAUUGACAGUUGUUUAAAGGAAGGGGCUGAAGAAUUCAUAGUAAAGCCAGUGAAAUUGUCUGAUGUGAAACGAUUGAAAGAUUUCAUUAUGGAAGGAGAAAAUGGAGGGAAGAAAAUUGAUCUUAAGAGGAAACUCCAUCCCGAUCAUGAUCACAACCCCUUGUCUCCGGCCUCUCUAGGGCCAUCGAUGACAGCUUUCGACCAAUGCCAAGGAUUUAAGCAACGAUCGCCACCGUCAUUACAACCGUCGCCGAUCAUACGUUCCUCAAAGAAACCUAGGUUCCUCAAUGGCAACUAAUUCACAUGAUGAUGAAAUUCAAGUGGUAAAAGCUCUUUGUUCUUUUUGUAUAAAAGUUGAUUGGUGUUGUUGGAAACUCAAAAUCUCCCAUUUGCUAUUUCUUUUUUUCUUUUUGGUUCAUUGCUGUUUCAAAGAUCUCAGAGAAGUAAGAAAAAAAAAGUACAUUGAAGUUUCAAUGAAAAUAUAAUAGACAAGUUACAUAGCUACUUGGCUUCUAUUGAA